AUGUUUAAAUCAUUAAACAAUACUAAACGAUAUUUGGUCGCUACAAUUUUAGCUAUAUUAAAUAUUCAAAUUCUAGCAAUAUGGGAUGAUAUGGUACCAUUUGAUAAAAACUUGCCAAGGCCGUUAACAUAUGAUGAUAAAAAUUUUGGUCAGUGGUGUAGAAAUUUUACAAUAAAUCAACAUGUACAAUGCCCCGAAGCUAGUCCUAUUCAUUGGUAUGUUUGUUGUGGUCCCUCUGGAACUGAUUGUUGUUUUGGAUUGCAAACACAUAUAUAUAUAUUAGGUGGUGGUUUUGUUUUAGUUAUAUUUAUUAUAGCAUUAUAUUCAUUAUACCUUCAAUUACAAAUAUCUCGGAAAUUGAAAAAAACAACAAAAAAUGACAAUUUAAAGUAUUACAGUGUAAAACCACAAAAUUGUAUAUAA